AUGUUGAGUUACCACCGGAUGGUCUUCUUUGCAUAUUUUCUCUCUUUAAUUUUUGAGUCUUCUCCUUCUCCUCCUCCAAUCACAAGCCUUCGUCUUUUUGAAAGUGCAUCUCAGUGUGUAGGCAAAAUGAGUUAUAUAAUUGGCCAUGUAAUGAAAAAGACGGUUUUUGUGCUAGUGUUUGCGAUUGUUGCGGCAUCCAAAAGUGAUGAAGAUGAUAAUGAUGAUGAUUUUCGAGUACCCACAUGUGAGCAAUUACUCCCACGGUGGCGGGACGAUUUGAUGUGCUGUGCUGAGAAGGUACGGGAUAAAAACACUUGGUGUUGUGUCAACAACGUGUCAAAAAGCAUGUGGACUGCUUUAGAGGAAUGUGCCAAACAAUCCCCGCGUGAUUUUACCACAUACCCGUGUAGUUGUCUGUCGCAACAAAUGAUAGAAGCAAAUGGUUGGACUGAAGAAAAGGAAAGAAGCAUUAAGAAUGCGGAGGAACGGGAAUCGCAAUAA